AUGUUCAUUUUUAUUGUUAAUAUUGUGAACUGGACAAGAGACAAAACCCUUCGACCAGGAGACCGGCUGAUCACCAGUAUAAGUGUAUGCAACCUCGUAGAAGAAAUGAUUAUGUCCAUAAGAUUUCUGCAUCUCAUUUGGAAUAGUCCCGUGCUCUUGAAGGUAUACUUUGCUUUGCGUUUUAUGGUUGUUUCUUGCAAUGUCUGGUUCUCCACCUUCCUCUCUGUUUACUUCUGUCUGAAGAUUGUGAAUGUGAAGAAUACAAUAUAUAUCUGCUUACAGAGGAACUUCUAUAAGAUCUUACCUUGGCUUUUUAUUUCAACCGUAGUUGGGUCUGUACUUGGGGGUGUCCCAUUGCUCUCUAAAUUCUCAGAAGAAACAUCCUUGAAUUCAACGCUCAGCUCCUCUGUUGGGUAUAGGCCAAGAAGAUCUUCAUUUAUUUAUGUCGAGGUGAAUAAGAUUUCAGCUGUUAUCAUUCUACAAUCCACGGCACUCUUGGUAUUCUCCAGCUCAACCUUGGCCAUCAUCACGUCUCUCUUCAAACAUAUAAAACAGGUUCAACAAAAUCUUGGUGGUUUUAGGAGACCCAACAUGGAAGCCCACGUCCAAACAUUGAAGACUGUGACAUUUUUUCUCUGUAUUUAUAUUAUGGUUAUUUCUUUUACGUUGACGUUAAGUUUGCUGUCCUUUUAUGACAUGUGGUCUUAUGUGAUAUAUCCUCUGUUUGGCAUAAGUAAAGUGAUGGCCUGCUGA